AUGAGUAGCCCACGCCGCAGAAUCGAGACUGAUGUCAUGAAGAUGCUCAUGAGUGACUACGAAUGUAAGCUUUCAAUUCCACUUUCACCGACUCCGAUCUAUUUCCUGACCGAUCCUCUUAGGCAAGAGUUCUUUGUUCGCUUCAAAGGACCAGCUGAGACUCCAUUUGAGGGCGGAAUGUGGAAGGUUCAUGUCGAGCUUCCCGACACCUACCCUUACAAGUCCCCCAGCAUUGGCUUUGUCAACCGCAUUUUUCACCCUAACAUCGACGAGCUGUCCGGUUCGGUCUGCCUCGAUGUUAUCAACCAGACUUGGUCGCCCAUGUUUGAUAUGAUCAACAUUUUCGAGGUUUUCCUUCCUCAACUCCUGCGAUACCCCAACCCUACCGACCCCCUCAACGGAGAGGCAGCGGCCUUAUUGAUUCGAGAACCAAAGAGUUAUGAUGCCAAGGUCAAAGAAUACGUCCAGAAAUAUGCCUCUAAGGAUGCAGCAGACGAAGCCGGAGCCGAAAGCGAAGACGAUGACGAACUCUCCUCAGUGGCCAGUUUCGGAGACGAUGAUGAAGAGCCUGCGGGACAGAUGGACGAUGUAUAA